CAUUCCUGUUAGUCAUUAGUCUUAUAUUAGUCUCAUUAUAGUUGUAUCCAGUAUAUAGCAUGUGCAAUGGAUUGCCAUCAGCUCUUAUUCUUUAUCUCAGUUGUUUUGGUUUGUACCAGUCUGACCCUAAUAAACGGCACCACAAACAUAACUACAGCAACAAGCAACAUCUUCAACAACCAAACGGUAUUCCCGCGAUCCAUCACCUCAGCACACCUCAACACAACUGUUCCUAAACGGUGCCAAAAUGGGGGUCGCUUAACUGCGGGGGUCUGCCUCUGUUCAGAUGAUUGGAGUGGAACUACCUGCACUAAAUCAAAUUUCUGCCCUGAGCAAAAAGGCACAUACACCUUUCCAAAAACUCUCUUAGGCCAGUUUGCUUCCUCCAAAAACCUAUGCCAAUCAGGGAAAAUAAAUGCUGGGAUCCCCCAGGCAUCAGCCCUCUGUAACACAGCUAAUAACUCAUUUAAUUUUCCAAACAUUCUAAAUUGUGAUUUGACCUUGGACACCAUUAAUACAGAUGUUUCUGGAGCUUCUUUGAAAGACAUAAACAUGUUAGCCUCCAGUACCCAGAUCCUUACAUCCAUACCAGAACGACUGACACCCUACAACAUCACAAAAGCAGCAGAGAUAGCCAACAAUCUGCUCUCCACUGGAACCCCACAAACCAAGGACAUCACUUUGUCAGCAGUUGCAACUGUCAGUCAACUCCUGAGUGCAAGUCCCACAAAGUACUCUAAUUCUAACAAUGUCUCUGCAGCAACUCUCUCUGCGAAAGGACUUAAAUAAUUUGUUGGUGCAGCCGAAUUUGGCAGUGCAGUCCAUCAAUGGGAAAACAAAGAUCCAACAAGUGCAG